AUGUCAUUUCAAGAAAUAGCUUUCAAGGCGGAGCUCGACAGGCACGUCGAUCCGGAGUGCGAGUACCAGGCUCGCAUACUAUGCGAGGAGGACCCCGCCACACGCGCAUGCCUCAUAGAAGAGCUGAGAUAUAUGAUUUAUGAGCGAGGUGAAUGCCACCCACCACGCAUGGAUGACGCAUUCUUACUACGUUUCCUGCGCGCGCGCCGCUUUAUACCUGCGAGAGCACACCGCCUGGUGGUGCGUUAUUGCAAAUUCCGUGAACAAAAUCCUCACUUAUGGCGUAAUGUAUAUUGGUUUGGACUUGAAAGACUAGACGAUGUCUACGAAGGGGUUCUCUUUGAUAGACCAGAUGUUGGUAGACUUAUUAUUUGUAGAUUAGGUAAAUGGGAUCCAAAUAUAUUUCCAGUAGAGGAAUUGGUAAGAGGUUGCCUCCUCCUCUUAGAGGUUGGCAUAAUGCAGCCAAAAUUACAAGUGUUAGGAGGGACCGCGCUCCUCGACUGUGAGGGCAUUAGUUUAAAACACAUGAGACAACUAACGCCAUCUGUCGCAAUGCAGAUUAUGGAUGUUAUGGGUUUGGCCUUCCCGGUCCACCAGCGCGGCAUCCACAUAAUCAAUUGUUCCAGAUUCAUUGAGAAGUUGUUCUCUGUGUUUAGAAGAAUUGCGCCCGCAGAUAUAUGGGAGAGAGUUUACUUUCAUGGAUAUGACUUAAGUUCUCUUCAUAGGUACAUAGAUCCAGAGUGUCUCCCAACUCGAUACGGUGGUCACCGGCAGUCCGUUUCGCUAAGAGACUGGCUACAUAAGAUCAAACAGUACAAAAAUAAGCAGUUCGAUGAAGAUAUGAGGACUUUAGGUUACGCUGUUGAUGAA